UCCGUUCCUUCUCACACACCGCGAAACACUUUUCUUCUUCUCAUCUACAAGCUCCCAUUACAGAUUCAAACAAACAAAAAAACAAACAGAUAUAGCUCAAUUUUAUUUGUUUUCUUGUAUUAUAAUGGCUGUUGAUAAUGCUCUUUCGUCGCCGUUGGGUCCUCCAGCGUGCGAGAAAGAUGCAAAAGCUCUUCAAUUCAUUGAAGAAAUGACCAGAAAUGCUGAUUUGGUUCAAGAAAAUGUCUUGGCUGCAAUCUUGAGCCGAAACAAAGACGUUGAGUACUUGAAACGUUUCAACCUUGAUGGAGCCACCGACCGCGAAACGUUCAAGUCAAAAAUACCAAUGAUCACAUAUGAAGAUCUUCAACCUGAAAUCCAACGUAUCGCUAAUGGCGAUCGCUCUGCUAUUUUGUCUGCUCAUCCUAUUUCUGAAUUCCUCACUAGUUCCGGAACAUCAGCUGGUGAAAGAAAGCUCAUGCCAACAAUUCAAGAAGAGCUGGAUCGUCGUCAAUUAUUGUAUAGUCUACUAAUGCCAGUAAUGAACUUGUACGUACCUGGAUUAGACAAGGGCAAAGGCUUAUAUUUCUUGUUCAUAAAAUCUGAAACACGAACCCCAGGCGGACUGUUGGCUCGUCCUGUGCUUACCAGCUACUAUAAAAGCGAACAUUUCAAGAAUCGACCUUACGAUCCUUAUAAUGUGUAUACAAGUCCUAAUGAAGCCAUUCUUUGCCCAGACUCAUUCCAAAGCAUGUAUACUCAAAUGCUCUGCGGCCUUUUGGAGCGGGAACAAGUGCUCCGAGUCGGUGCAGUGUUCGCCUCUGGUCUUCUUCGUGCUAUUAGGUUUCUUCAACUCAACUGGGAACAACUCGCUGAUGAUAUAGAGUCUGGCACGCUUAAUGAGCGUGUCACUGACCCUUCUAUCAGAGCCUGCAUGAAAAAUAUUCUGAAACCCAAUUCUCAACUUGCAGAGUUUAUCAGGUUUCAGUGUUCGAAAGAAAAAUGGGAAGGAAUCAUUACUAGAAUUUGGCCUAACACUAAGUACUUAGAAGUUAUUGUUACAGGAGCAAUGGCUCAGUAUAUUCCUACUCUUGAUUACUACAGCGGUGGAUUGCCCAAAGCUUGCACUAUGUAUGCUUCAUCAGAGUGUUAUUUUGGGUUAAAUCUUAAUCCUAUGUCUAAACCAUCAGAAGUUUCUUAUACAAUCAUGCCAAACAUGGGCUAUUUCGAGUUUUUGCCUCAUGACCCGAGCUCAACCGGGUCGACUCGUGACUCAUCACCGAAACUCGUUGACCUUGUUGAUGUUGAAGUAGGGAAAGAGUACGAGUUUGUUAUAACUACUUAUUCAGGUUUGUACAGAUACCGAGUUGGUGAUAUCCUUCGAGUUACCGGGUUUCAUAACUCAGCUCCUCAGUUUCAGUUUGUAAGGAGAAAGAACGUGUUACUCAGUAUUGACUCGGACAAAACAGAUGAAGCCGAGUUACAAAACGCAGUAGAGAACGCGUCUCAGUUGUUAAAAGAGUACAAGACAAGUGUGGUUGAAUACACGAGUUUUGCGGAUACAAAGACGAUUCCGGGUCAUUAUGUGAUAUAUUGGGAGUUAUUAGUGAAAGACUCGGCCAACUCACCAAGCAAGGAAGUACUGAAUCAGUGUUGUCUUGCAAUGGAAGAAUCGUUGAACUCAGUUUAUCGACAAGGCCGAGUUGCUGAUAACUCAAUAGGGCCAUUAGAGAUAAGAGUGGUGAAAAAUGGUACAUUUGAAGAAUUAAUGGACUAUGCAAUAUCAAGAGGAGCAUCGAUUAACCAGUAUAAAGUACCAAGAUGUGUUAAUUUUACACCAAUUAUGGAAUUGCUCGAUUCAAGAGUCGUGUCAACACAUUUUAGUCCAUCUUUACCUAAUUGGACCCCAGAAAGAAGAAGGCGAUGAAGGAUUUUUUUUUUUUUUU